AUGAGCCACACGACAAGGCAGUUCAUCCUCCCCCCAAUCCUGUCCUUCCGGGACUUCAUUGUGGCCGCGGCCAAGGCUCUUUUGCGAGCCAAGUCCCUCCUGCAAGCCCUCGUCCCCUCUUGGCUGUCUCUUCCAUCAGUCAGGAGGAGGGCCCUCCUCACCGAUACUGCGCUCGAGUUUCUCCGCGAGAGCGAGGAGGCCUUCCUCGGCCCUCUGCGCUCGAGCGGCGGCCUGGCCAAGCUGUGCGCGACGCUGAAGGCUCAGUUCCGCGAGGGUCUACGCUCAAGCCCCGAGGCCAUGCUUCCGUCCUACAACUCCAAGCUGCCCAGCGGCCUGGAGAAGGGCCAGCACCUUGCUCUGGAUGUGGGCGGUUCGACGUUGCGCGUGGCGCUAGUGGAGCUGGGGGGCGACUCGAAGCAUCAAAUCGUGCGCAUGAACUCGUGGAAGAUUGAUAAUGAAGUUAGAAAGCUCAGGGGGCGGGAGUUCUUUGACUGGAUCGCUGAGAGGGUGCGCCGUGUGGUGGGAGACGAGAGCGAGCUCGGCAGCAGUGCCGAGAACCCGCUUCUUGUUGGGCUGUCGUGGAGCUUCCCCAUCGAUCAAACCUCCUCCAGCAGCGGCAAGAUCCUGCCCAUGGGCAAGGGUUUCUGCGCCGAUGAGGGCCUGGUCGGCGCCGACCUCGGCGAGGUCAUCCAGUCUGCCUGCCUCCAGCAGAGCCUUCACAUCUCGCUCGCCGCCAUCGUCAACGACUCCAGCGCGACCCUACUCUCCGAGGCCUACUCCACGCCCGCCACUCGCUUCGGCCUGAUCCUCGGCACCGGCGUCAACGUUGCCGCCCACCUCCCCGUCACCCUGAUCGGCCGCGAGAAGUAUGGCAUCCGUCCGCGCAGCUGGCACGAGAGUGCCACGCAUGUGGUUGUCAAUACCGAGAUCGGUAUGUUCGGUCGCGAGGAGGGCUCCUUGCCGCUGACGAAGUGGGAUCGUCAGCUCAAGGCGGCUCACCCGAGGCCCGACUUCCAACCGUAUGAGCAGUUGGUUGGCGGGUAUUACCUUGGUGAGAUUUGCCGGCUGGCGCUGAUCGACGCGAUCGAGAGCGUGGGUGUUUUCGGCGGGACGGUGCCGGAGUCUCUGAGGAAGGAGUACGGUCUCGACACAGAGACACUGUCGAUUGUCGAGGCCGAUACCUCUCCCUCUCUCGACAAGGCCCUCAAGGUCUUCACCUCCCGGCAUCCCUCUCCCGUGACCCCGACCGUCGCGGACCUCAAGUUCCUUCAGACGCUCUCUUCACAGAUCGCCCGGCGCGGCGCCCGCCUCGUGGCAGCGGGAGUGGUUGCCCUCCGCGAGCUCAAGAUUGAGGCCGAGAAGGAGAUGCUCACCCUCACCAGCGGCGACGAGCAGCCCGUCCAGGGUCUGGAGGAUGUUCCGCUCCCCAAGGAGGCUGCCAAGGCGGCGGCGCAGCGCGAACUCGAGCUGCUGGAGAAGGAGAAGUUGACGGUUGCAUGGAACGGGUCUGUCAUUGAGAAGUACACUGGCUUCAGGGGGUACCUGGAGGAAGCUCUGGAUGAGCUGGUCCAAGGCACGGGCGUUGAGCUCGUGCAGGCUGAGGAGAGCUCGCUUGUUGGUGCGGCAGUGGCGUUGGUUUGCUUGGAGUAA